AGGAGCGCGCGCCAGCCGCGGGAGGGGGGCGGGGGGGUGGUUUGGAAAAAUGACUCAGUAAGUUCAGCGCGCCCGCUCCGCCGGCCCUGCGCUCCCGCCGCGCCCGGGAUGUAUUCGUCCCCGCUCUGCCUCACCCAGGAUGAGUUCCACCCGUUCAUCGAGGCCCUGCUGCCUCACGUCCGCGCCUUCGCCUACACCUGGUUCAACCUGCAGGCGCGGAAACGCAAAUACUUCAAGAAGCACGAGAAGCGGAUGUCGAAGGACGAGGAGCGCGCAGUGAAGGACGAGCUGCUGGGCGAGAAGCCCGAGGUCAAGCAGAAGUGGGCGUCGCGGCUGCUGGCCAAGCUGCGCAAGGACAUCCGGCCCGAGUGCCGCGAGGACUUCGUGCUGAGCAUCACCGGCAAGAAGGCGCCGGGCUGCGUGCUCUCCAACCCCGACCAGAAGGGCAAGAUGAGGCGCAUCGACUGUCUCCGGCAGGCGGACAAGGUGUGGCGGCUGGACCUGGUCAUGGUCAUCCUGUUCAAGGGCAUCCCGCUGGAGAGCACCGACGGCGAGCGCCUGGUCAAGGCCGCGCAGUGCGGCCACCCGGUCCUGUGCGUGCAGCCGCACCACAUCGGGGUGGCCGUGAAGGAGCUGGACCUCUACCUGGCCUACUUCGUGCGUGAGCGAGACGCAGAGCAGAGCGGCAGUCCCCGGGCGGGGAUGGGGUCCGAUCAGGAGGACAGCAAGCCCAUCACGCUGGACACAACCGACUUCCAGGAGAGCUUUGUCACCUCCGGCGUGUUCAGCGUCAGCGAGCUCAUCCAGGUGUCCCGGACACCUGUGGUGACCGGGACAGGACCCAACUUCUCCCUGGGGGAGCUGCAGGGACACCUGGCAUACGACCUGAACCCAGCCAGCACUGGCAUGAGAAGAACGCUACCCAGCACCUCCUCCAGCGGGAGCAAGAGACACAAAUCGGGCUCGAUGGAGGAAGACGUGGACACGAGCCCCGGUGGCGAUUACUACACUUCGCCCAGCUCGCCCACGAGUAGCAGCCGCAACUGGACGGAGGACAUGGAAGGAGGCAUCUCAUCCCCGGUGAAGAAGACAGAGAUGGACAAGUCACCGUUCAACAGCCCGUCCCCCCAGGACUCUCCCCGACUCUCCAGCUUCACCCAGCACCACCGGCCCGUCAUCGCCGUGCACAGCGGGAUCGCCCGGAGCCCCCACCCGUCCUCCGCUCUUCACUUCCCCACGACAUCCAUCCUGCCCCAGACGGCCUCCACCUACUUCCCCCACACGGCCAUCCGCUAUCCGCCUCAUCUCAACCCCCAGGACCCGCUCAAAGAUCUCGUCUCGCUGGCCUGCGACCCAGCCAGCCAGCAGCCUGGACCGUUAAAUGGAAGUGGUCAGCUCAAAAUGCCCAGCCACUGCCUUUCCGCUCAGAUGCUGGCUCCUCCGCCCCCGGGGCUGCCACGGCUGGCGCUCCCCCCUGUCACCAAACCCGCCACCACCUCCGAGGGAGGAGCCACGUCGCCGACCUCGCCCUCCUACUCUCCGCCCGACACGUCCCCUGCAAACCGUUCCUUUGUGGGAUUAGGACCAAGGGAUCCUGCGGGCAUUUAUCAGGCACAGUCCUGGUAUCUGGGAUAGCAAAGGUCGUCUUCCCUUGCCCCUUCUCCGUCGUCCCAGGAAUCCCAGGGGGCAGCACAGCCGGCCCCCGGCCCACGUUUCCGGUGGAAAAUUAGAGUGAACAAGAACACCCCCGCCGACUCCCAGCCCGGCCGAAAAGACAACACACAGACGCACACGCGCAGGGGGCAAAGAAAAAUACAAAGGAAGAAAAGAAGAAAAAACCCACCCAACCUAGAAGACAAAAGGUAAAGACAGCGUUUCCAGCUCUCUGGAUGCCAAGGCCGCAGGACUGGAGGGCCAGCCCCCGCCACCCCACGGGAGCCCCGGGACAGGGGCGUCUUCCGAAGUCACUCAUCUCUCUGCCUGCUGCUUCGGGAAGGACAGACGCCCGCCGCCCGCCCACGCCCCCGAGGCCCUGGCUCUGUCCGGAGGAGACCCAGGUGAGCGCAGCCUGGAGCCUGCACCCAGGGCCGACAGGCGUGACACCCAGCAAGGCCACCUCUCCCCGGGCCCCGAACCUCUGCCGGACAUGGACCGGCGCCUCCCCCAGGACGCAGCUGCUGGGGGGAAGGGAGACGCUGCGGACCCCGGCUGGGCAGCAGAGACCUCGGAGGUGGACAGGGUGGGGCAGGCGAGUGGCGUUUCGUGGCCCUGGCCAGGGGCGGAAGCUAGGCCCAGGCACCUGCUGCCCCUCCAGCGGGUCCUGCCUGCGCGGGGCCUCCCCACACGCCCUCCCAAAGCGCCGGCCGACUGGAGACAGCUGUCUGGCUGGGGACUCAGCCCUCGUGCCCGCCCGCCCGUUUGGGAGGAGAAGUCUAUGCAAUCGACCCCACCCCCCACCCCGGCACCGGAGGCCCCCCACCCCAGCUCGCCCAGCUCACACCCGCAAAGGGAGGGACCCACAUUGCACACACUGUAAGAAAUGCACUUUCCGAGGAAGGGGACGGGGGAGCCGGGACACCCAGAGCUCCCCGAGUUGGGGGGUGCCCUUCUGGAGCCCCCCAUGAGCCCCUGGCGGUGGGAGGUGAGAGCGAGUGGUUUAAGUGCCUGAUUCCCACCACCCGCCCCCCCCUUUGUCCAGCUGGGACACGGAGUGGCCACGGGCCUCCUCCCCCACCCCUCCAGUCCCCCCACCGGCCCCUCCAGUCCCCCCUCAUCGCCGCGUCCCCCUCAGAGCUAGAGACACGGGCCCCUGCGCGGCCCGAGAGGCAGAGCUGGGCGUCACCUCCCGAGCGUCCUGCCCUGCCGGGGUGCGGGGGUGGGCUCUGGGGAAGCCGGCGCGCCCGCCACGCCUCCGCUGCCAGUGCCUUACAUUCUGGAGCGACCCCCGUCCCCGGUGCCUCCCAGCCCAGGGGGACGCAGUUUGCACUUUCAUCGUCCGCCCCCCCGCAGGGCACCCCGCCAGAGGAUGCGACUCAUGGCUGGGUCCCCAGAGAGAAGAGGCUGGCGCCAGUGCCAGUGGGUCCUCGCUCGGGAUGGGGAGGGCUUUGGGUGGGGGUUCGGCGUCGCACCUCGGGGCCCCCCGCGGCCGUGUAGGGGGCCUUCCAUCUGCUAAGCGUUUUCCGUUGAGCCGCUCCAAAAACACUAAGCUGGGGACGCCAGGUCCCCCCACCCCACCCCGGCUCCCCGGCCCCACCCACACCUCCACCUCCACCCCGGGAUCGCCAUCUUUAGGGGAGGCCUCGGGGGAGGUGUUAGGUGUUUUAGGGCCACCGAGCUCAAACACAAGGACCCCUCCCAGCCCAGCCCCAACUGACCUCCAUGCCUAGGGGGAAACCCCCCCCCCCCGCCACAGCCCCCACCCAGGCCAAAGCCAGGGCAGGGCCUCCGGGUCUCACCUGCUCCCAGCCUCGCUCCACCCCCCCCCCAACCUGUCCCGAAAACCAGACUCUCCUCCCAAACCAGCCCCAGGGGCUUGGCGAACACGCUCGCUCCUAAAGAGAAAGACCCAGGACCCUUCCCUGUCACCCCCGAGAGGUUCCCCAUCCUCUGGCCUCAGUCCCUUGGUCCGUCCGUCUGUCCUCAGGGCCCUGGCCCCCUGCCCCCACCCCGUGGCCCUUGAGGACCAAGCGUGGGCCGCUCUCCAGGAGGACGGGAGUGGGCGGGGGGCGUAGGGUCGUGCUGUUGGAGUAUCUGGAAGCUUCUCAGCCAGGGUGGGGGUCGUGGGUGGGGGAGGGGGGCCAGCCGGGCUCCCGAGGGGUCAGGGCGCAUCGAGAACCAACUCUUUACCCAACUUUGCAUGGUGCUUAGUCAAGGACUCCUGUGUCCUGGCCCCUGAGGUCGGCUGGCGCGCUGACACACAUGCAUGGCAGAUUAUACCUGGCUCUAUCUCCCUCCCCCUCGCCCCCCUCCACCCCCUACUCCCUCUUUAAAAAAAAAAAAAAGAUACAAAAAAAAAAAACCUUAAAAAAAAUUCCAUGUUUCCUAAUUUGCACGAAAUUUUCUACCACAAAAUGUGCCUUGCCUUCCAAGAAUAAGUAUUACCUUUAAACAAUAUCAGCGCACACACAUAGCUGCAUGUUCUGCUCGUGUAGUUAAAAAAAAAAAAAUACAAAACAGUGACAUGAAAUAAAAAAUAAACAUUGAAAAGGGAUGUAUUUCUAUUUGUAAAAAAAAUAAUAAAAACAAAAAAUAAGAAAGUGAGAAUCUUAAAAAAAAAAAAAGAGGAAGAAAAACCAUGCUAAAAAGUCACUAAAAACAAUUGCCCCCAGGUCUCCCGUCCUCUGGCUCCCUUCUGUUCUGUCUCCCUUCCUGCUGUAUUCAGGGGUGCCCCUGGUGCUCAGCCUCUACCACCCCCAGCCCUGCUCUUGGGUUCCCAGAGGGGUCAUUUCUGAAUCCCCUGCCCAGAGGACAGGCCUCCGGGGCUCAUCCUGGCCCCAGGGAAGGGCUCUCCUCUCCGAUUGGUCCCUGGGCCGUGGGCUGGCAGGUGACACCAUUCACUGACCCACUGCAGGCUAUUCCCCCCCCAGCCAUAGGGUGGCCACCCCGCCCGCAGCCAGACUCCCCCACCCCACCUUCCAUGCAGACUGGCGUACCCCCGCUCAGGGUCAAAUGCUGCCCUCCUCCCCCCUCGGAGGCACUCCCCCUCCCCUGCCCCAUGCACCCCCCACCCUUCUUGCCAAAGGACCCGAUUUUCCCCUCUCCGGAGCCCACCCUCCUCCGUCCCCUUCGCCCUGUCUUCCGUCUUCCAGCUGUGAGUAGGAAGUAUCCGGUAUGAAAAACAAAAAAAACAAAACCUGAUAUAUGCAAUAUCUGUCUGUCUACACCCUUGGGCCUGGCUCAGCCACCGGAGGCCCCGCUGAGGGUCCGGCAGGGCCCAGGACAGCCAGGCGGCACCGAGUCACCGGCCGCGGUCCGGUGGCUGACCAUGCUGUUGUCUUCUCCUUGAUUCUACUUUCUCUUGUCCUUUCUCUUUCUUUUUGUGUUUAACUCCAGCUUCCUUUGCUUUUUUCUGGACCAAAGCUAAGACAAUAGCCAGAUGGUUAGCGGGGCAGCCAGGCAGGGAGGACCCGGGGUGGGAUGCCAGCCUUAGGCUGUUCCUGCAGUCCUCGGCACCUCCAGCCCCUCCCGGGCCCUUCAGGCAUCUCAUGCAGGGACCCACACAGAUGGUCCCAUUCAUUCACCAUUGCCCGCCGCCAGGGUGCCGGGUGGUCUCCACAGCCACCGUCAUACGCUCAUCCCAUGUUUUCUUCCAAAAAGACACCUCAGCAGUCUCCCCAGGCGACACAGAGGGAGAGCCCAGACCCUCACAGCUGGCCAUGACAUUACCCUUAAGAACUGUCCCUUGGUCAGAGAGCCCGGGCUGGCUGUGCCCACCAUCCAUGUCACUGAUGUCUAGCUUUUUUCUUCCCCCUCCUUAGCAAAUGUGUCUUGCCAGGGAACUGGGAACAGCCAGCAGCAAAGGGAGUGGGUGGUUGCCUGGACCAUCACGUCCCUGCACAGCCCACACCCGGGGCCCAGAGCCCCUGCAGAAGGAAGGCCGGGCACCGCCCUCCUCACCCCAAGCUUGCAUCCUGGGCUCACUCAGCACCGUGGCUGAGCACAGCAGGUGAACUCGUGCCGGGCAGCACAUUGUGGAUGGUUUCGUUCCCUCUCCCCCCCCCCUCCCCGUUUCUUGUAAAAGCUACAGGAUCGCCGUAGGGCACAAUUCCUGGGCACCUUCGCUGCAGACAGGCAAAAACACCAGGAACCAGGAUUCCAUGCCCACCUCUGCAGUCUGCGUUCACAGAAGGGAUGCCGUCAUCCCUGGGUGGAGGGGCAAGGUGUGGGUUUUGGUGUUUUUUGUUUGUUUGUUUGUUUGUUUGUAACUUGUAUGAAACUGACAUCUUGAACCUCAUCCCACCCCCUCCCGAAGCCCCCCUCACCCACCCCUGCCAUGGGCACCACACUCAUGCUAAGCCCCCUGGUCUUAUUCUGGGGUCUGCCCAUGCUGUGGGAAAGAAUAGGGAGGCCUCCCAAAUAUAUGCAAAUCAUCUCCAUUCCUUUCUCUGGGCGGAGGGACUUGACACCAACCCAGGUGGAGAUGGAGCCGGACGGAGUAGGAAGGCCCCAGGGGGAGGGGAUCUGGAGUCCUUCACCUCCAGGUCCGGAGCCCAGGUUCUGACCCCAGAACCCCACCCUGGGCUAGACAAUCAGAUCCCAAAGGAAGGCCGAAGGGAACUCGGUUGGGAGAGCUGUUUAGAAGCUAGACCUGCUUGCACCCCCCACCCCCGACAGCUCUCCAGGCAGCAGACAAUUCCAGCCUCCCUGCCCCAGGACCUUCUGUCUGUCCCCAGCGACAGUGGCAUCCCAGGCACGGACAGACUUAGCUGCACCCCAUUGUCCCUUGCAAGACAGGUCUUGGAGCCAGGAGCAACUGUCCAGCCCUCCAGAAGAGACAGCAAGCAGGCCCCCUCCCACCCUGGCCUCCCUAAUGGUACUUUGACCUCCAGUGUAGGGCUACACUAUACAUACAUAUAUAUAUAUAUAUACACACAUACACACACACACACAUAAUUUUGGAAUUUGUCCUAAUACAGAAUAUACAGUGGCUACCUUUUUCUGAGACCCCAGACUUUGCUUGCUUUUUGGAGGGCGCUGGGACAUGCAUCUCUCAGUCCAGCUUCCUCCUCAUCUUCCCAUCUUUCCUCAUUUCUGCCCCAUUGGACACUUAAGGGUCUCACCUCCAGACCUACACCACUGCCCAUCCGUCACUCCGUGGUUCAGUGUCCGGGAUCAGCCCACCACCCUCGGCCUCCCCGCACCGCUGCCCCCGGGGCAAGGUGAGGAGGCGGACCCAAAGCAAUACCAGCAGGACCUGUCGUCAGUGAUACCAAAACAGACUUUUCCCAAGCAGUGCCUCACACGUCCACUGGUGUGGCUUUGAGAUUCUCCUGCCCCUCUUUCCCUGGCAGCCCCUUUCCCCAAGGCUUUGCUCAUACCUGAGGCAGGAAGGAGGAAGGGGAUCCCACAGGAAUAAGGGCUCCAGAGAGGAAGGAAGUCAUGCAUCCCCAAGCCACCACCCCACCAGCCUUCGGCGCACAUCUCCUGGCUGGAAGAGAACCCUCCAGAAAGGGGACAGUGGCUGCCCCAGCCCCUCAACUGCAUCCACACCCCAUCCUCUCAUCUUGGGUCCCAGCCAGGCCCCCCCAAAACCAAAGUCCCCUCAAAUCCAGGGGUCCCAGCCCGUGCCCCCAGCUUCCUGCCCACCCAGCCCCGAACACCCUCACACAGGGAAAGAAGCAAAAGCUCGAUAUGUGGGGACAGGAUGGGACAGGUGAUACAGUGGGGGGUCGGGGGCAGCAAGGAGGAGGGAGAGAGAACAUUUUCCUUUUUGGGUAAUUUUUUUUUCUGUUUUUCUUCCUCCCCCGUUGCUGUUUGGGUGGUGCUGCUUUUCCUUUCCUCUUCCCUUUGAGAUUUUUGUUGGUUUGCUUCCGUUUUGUAUUUUACUGAUAUUACCAGGAUAGUUUACUCUCCUUCUAGCUUUCUGCUUACUGCACACCGGAUAACACACGUACGCACCCACAAAAAUGCUUACAAACCCAACCCAGAGAAGGUUCUGGCUGGGUCCCCCGCCCUCCCCCUCCUCCUGCUCCUCCCGAUGGCGAGGACAGGAGGGGGACCAGGGGACACGUGGGCCGACCCGCCGGCCCUCUCCCCCACCCCGCCCCUCACAUCAUACUCCGAUCAUAACCUUGUAUAUUACGCAGUCAUUUCGGUUUUCGCAGGAGCGCCUACCCAAGUACCAUUUACAGAAAGUGACUCUGGCUGUCAUUACUUUGUUUGUUUGUUCCCUAUGCAAAAAAAAAAAAGAAAAAGAAAAAAGGGGGAUUCCAUAAAAGAUUCAAUAAAAGAUUUAAAAAAAAAAAAAAAAAAGAAAAAAGAAAAAAAAAUGUAUAAAAAUUAAACAAGCUAUGCUUCGACUCUU